AUGUCGCUUCAGAAAAGUGUGAAAAGUGCGGGAGACCGUGGUGAUCAGGCAGACAACACUUCAAUAUGCUCGUCAGUAACAACACAGCCGGAUAGACAUGGCUUUUUUGGAGGAGCUCAAUAUAGCCCGGAACCGAAGCGGACCGUUUCGCCAAGCACGAUCCUGAAGCGCGAGCAGAAGUGGCUGCGCAUGCUUAACAAUUGGGAGGCCUUCAUGAGUAGGAACUACAAGACGGUGCGCGAGCGCUGCAGGAAAGGCAUCCCCGCUUCGGUGCGGCCCAAGGCGUGGCUGUACCUGUGCGGGGGGCAGCUGCUGCUGGAGAAGCACCCCCACGAGUACGAGGAGCUGCUGCGCGCCCCCGGCGACCCCAAGUGCAUGGACGACAUACGCAAGGACCUGCACAGGCAGUUCCCCUACCACGAGAUGUUCAUACGCGAGGAGGGCCUCGGGCAGCAGGAGCUGUUCUCGGUGCUAAAGGCGUACUCGGUGCUGAACCCGAAGGUGGGGUACUUCCAGGCGCAGGCGCCGGUGGCGGCGUUCCUGCUGAUGCACAUGCCGGCCGUGCAGGCGUUCUGGUGCCUGGUGAGCAUCAGCGACAAGUACCUGAGCGGCUACUACAACCCGGGGCUGGAGGUGCUGCAGCGCGACGGCGCCAUGCUGCACGCGCUGCUGCGCCGCACCGCGCCGCACGUGCACCGCCACCUGGCGCGCCACAAGGUGGAGCCCGUGCUCUACGCCACCGAGUGGUUCCUGUGCGCGCUCACGCGCACGCUGCCCUGGGACAGCCUGCUGCGCGUCUGGGACUGCUUCCUCUGCGAGGGCGUCAAGGUGCUCUUCAAGGCGGCGCUGGUGAUCCUGGCGGGCGCGCUGGGCCCGGGGCGCGCGCGGCGCGGCGCGGCCGGCCUCUGCGAGACGCUCGAGCUGCUGCGCCACCCGCCCGCCGCCGUGCUGGCCGAGGACUACCUGCUGCCGCACAUGCAGCGGCUGCCGCUCACCGAGGACGACUUCGAGUUCGAGCACCAGCGCCAGACCGCCAGGCGCCGCGCCCUGCACGACCACAGCGGCAGC